AUGCAGGGCCGGCCAGACCCUGACCCACAGAGGCCCCGGAUCCCGGUGCAGCCCCACCGCCCAGAAGUUUGCGCCAACUUGCACCGCCGCGCCGAGCCAAGCGCUCCCCUUCCCCGCCGGCGGCUGCCGGGGCAGGGGGCAGGGGGCAGGGGGCCCGGCCAGCAGACCCCCAACCAACCGCCUGCCCGUCGGCGGGACUCGGGCCUCCGGACCCCCCUCGCCCUCGGGCCUGAGCCUCGGAGGUCCCCCGCGCCCAGAGCCCAGGGCGAAGCGGAGCCGCGCCGGGACGCCGCCGCCCACCUCCGCUCCCAAGGCCGGCGGCCGGGCUCCGUGCAAAGCGCCCUCGGCCGGGGCCUGGCCAGGGCCGGCAGGACCGGGGGGGGGGGCGGCGGGCGGGUCUCCCCCCUUAGCGAACCGGAGCGGCUCCGCUUCCAACUCCGCCCGGACCCCGAGCCGUCCCCGCGACCCCCGGCAACGCGCUCGGCCGGCCGGCCGGCCCCCGGGCUGGGCGAUCCCCGCGCCGCUUGCUCCGGCGAGAGGGGGUCCCGGGGGGCGAGGGGGAGCCCGGCUGGCCCCCUGCCCGGCCCCGCUCCGAGGGGAGCCCCGCCAGGCGCGCGCCAGGCCCGGCCCAGACCCCCGCCGCCCCCCACCCCAAGCCCGGCCCGGCCCUUCCCCAGCAGAGAGAUAACAAAGCCAGCCGCCGCCGCAGCCAGCCACACGCACCCAGGCAGGCAGAAAGGGGCGCUGCUCGGGCGGCGGCGGCGGCGGCGGCGGCGGGGGGGGAUUGAAGGCUUCCUUCCCAGCCCGGCCGGGGGAAGCAAUCCCCCCCUCUCCCUCGGCGGGUCGACCCCCCGGCUGCCCCCCGACGGGGGGGGGAAGGAAACCUGGCGCUCGGCGGCGGGGCCGCCCCCUCCCCCACGAGAGAAACCCGCGGCGGGGGCUCCGGCGCCGCUGCGAGACCCCCGGCGGCUGCGGGCGGGCGGGCGAGAGAAGCGGCCGUGCCCCCCUGGCUCGACGGCCGGCUGCCUGCCUGCCUGCGCUGCUCGCUCCCCCCGCCCCGCCAGCCUCUACUCAAACAAAGAAAUGAGGGUUGUGUUGCGUGCCCAGCCCCCGCCCGGCCCCCCUUCCCAGCCCAGACAGACCUCCCCCUCCCCCAGCCCGCCCCCUCCCCGCCCCCUCCCUUUCCGGCCCCGCCAGCUCCCCUUCCCUGCGCGCUCACAGCCGAGCCGGCGCCCGAGCCGCGCGGAUGGCGCGCAGCCGCCCCGGACACGCCAGGCCACGCCAGGCCCCCCAGAGGGGGUCGCCGGCGCGCAGGGGGGCGCCCGGCCCGGAGGGGGCCCAGAGACCCCGCCCGAGCCCCGCGCCCAGGGCGAGGUCGCCGCGCCCUGCCGCUCCGCUCCGCUCGGUGCCAGCCCAGCAGCGCGGCGGGGUCGUGGCGCUUCAGCCCCGGGAGAGGGGCUGCGGGGCGGGGGGCUGCGUUCGCACACCGCCCUUCCGAGGAAGGAAACCCGACUGGGAUCCGGGCCGGCUCCUUCCCCCGCUGAACUGCAGCGGGACCUGGAAGCUCUAGCAGACACUUACGGGGUGCGCUUCCCGCCCGCCCCCGAAGCGAGCCAUUCGCCCCCUGCCCGCCUUUGCACGCCCACAGGGGACGCCCCCCCCAUGCACACGAGCCCCCCACCCCGCACCUCCUGCCAGCCUGGUUUGCAAAGGGAACCCCACUCCCGCCCGCCCCCCCGGGGCCAGUCCCAGCCGUGGCCCCCCAAAGUUGAGACCUUCCUCACCUGGGUGGGCAGCGGCAGCCGCAUCCCCCGGCGGGGCUGCGGGGCGACCCCGGCCCCCCCGGCGAGGCGAGGGCCCCCCCGGCGGGCCGGGCCGGGGUCCGGGGUCGCCUCCCGGCGGCCAGUGGAAAACCCGGCUUGGCUUUUUGUGCCUCUAGCAACCUUUGCUUUGGGUCCCCCUUCCCCCUUUGGCACCCCCAGCAGACAGGCCCUGUGGCCAGGGGCACCAGACUCCAUUUCCCCAAGGGUGCCCUACAAGGACGGAACCAGGGCAGCCGGCCGGCCUGCCAAGCAGUACCGAAGGGCUCCCUGCAGCCCAUUCAAUCAGGUGAAAGCAGACCUUAACGGUGGCCAGGGCACCGGGAAGCCCCCCCAUGCUGGGCUGGGCAGCAGAGCCCUCCCCCACUGA